AUGUCGCAUUUGAUUUCUCAACGGGCCAACUCUAGACGGAGACUCCAUUUUGCUUUGUUCGACACGGAUGAUGCUCCGGAGGGAUUUGAGCCACACCCCGACCCUUUGUGGCUUGAUGCUGGCAUGCCUAACGCCGGGUUCUUUCCAAUUGAGCUGUUGCAAGUAAAUGUUGUCGACUAUCCUUUCCAGAAGUCAUUGCUGUUGCCUCUAGGCAAUAUUUCAUUGGAGAAUUUAAACACUAGUGGUUCCGGGGUAGAGGACUCCUUAAAACGGUUAACUACUACAGGUGAGUCUAAAAACCACGUUAUAAUCCCCAAAAAAUCACAAGAUCUGAAGCUUAUUGACUUGAGUCGUGGGUUGCAGUACUCGGAGGUAGAAGGAAUUCCUCAGCUUCUUCAGUUUACAAGAGAUCUUAUCAAGAAAGCACACCCUCCUAAGUACGAAGAUUGGACGACUAUUCUCUCUAACGGAGCUGGUGACGGCCUUAACAAAGCUGCGGAUGCUUUUUUAGAUCCUGGUGAUAUCAUUUUGGUUGAAGAAUUCACGUUCACUCCUUUUUUGCAAAACAUCAACAAUGCUGGUGCCAUCCCUGUGCCCUUGAAGUUGGAUCUUGAUAGUACUCCUGACAAGAGUAAUGGAUUAGAUAUUGAUUAUUUGAUCAAUUUGUUGGAAAACUGGGACGAGCUUCAACCAGAACAUAAAGGGAAGAAGCCGAAAGCUUUGUACACCAUCGCCUCAGGUCAGAACCCCACUGGAUUUACCCAAUCCGUAAAGUUUCGUCAGCAGGUUUACAAUUUGGCUGAAAAAUACGAUUUUGCCAUCAUUGAAGAUGAUCCUUACGGAUAUUUGACAUUGCCGCCAUUCUCUAAUCCGGAUGGAUUGGCGAAAAUGACUGACUUCUUGACCGUUGAGGACUUUUUGGAAAACCACUUAAUGCCCUCUUAUCUCACUUUUGAUACCUCGGGAAGAGUUCUUCGUAUCGAGACGUUUUCGAAGCUUUUUGCUCCUGGAUUGAGACUCGGCUUUAUUGUGGGUCACAAGGAUGUCAUCCGUGCAAUCUCUAAUUACGCCAAUGUGGUAACUAGAUCGGCAUCCGGCACGUCUCAACUCUUGGUCAACAAUGUGAUCGAACAAAGCUUUGGUGGAGUUGAGGGUUGGCUCAAAUGGGUCCUCAAAAUUAGACUCGCUUACAUUAACCGAAGGAAUGUUCUUCUUGGCGGGCUUUAUGAUCUGGAUGCUUACAAGAAUGGUUAUUUUGACAUUAUUGAUCCGCGGGCGGGAAUGUUUGCAAGUGUGAUUGUCAAUUUCCCUGAGGGAACAAAUGUGCCUGAAAAAAUGAAGUUAUUGCAAUUCAAGUUCCGUGCUAUUGGCGUCAAGGUUGUCACUGGCCUCAACAUGGCCAUUGAUAAGAAGUUCAGCGAGCCAAGAGGCAAUUUCUUCAGAUUGACUUACGCGGUUGCAGGGUCAGACCAUGAUCUCCGUGAGGGAGCACAGAGAUUUUCUAAGGCUAUAUACGAGUUCUUUCAAAAAGGCUUGAAGUAUUAA